AUGUCAGACAACAACAAGCACGAGAUGUCGGCAGACAAGACCCUCGCUGUGUCAUCAGAUGCAAGCGUCUCCGCCGAGACAGACAGCAAUGAGCCUGCCCAGCGUACGCCCGGUCAACUCGACGUAUUGGUUCAGGGAGUUGCUCUCUUCUCCGAUGGCUACAACAUCCAGAUUAUUGGAUACAUGAAUACCGUUCUAGCCAAGUUAUACCCAAAGCAGAUGACAGCCGAAGUCAAGACCCGGUUGUCCAACUCUAUCCUCAUUGGUGACAUCUUCGGCAUGCUCCUCUUUGGCCUCUGCAUUGAUAAAUUUGGUCGACGUGUUGGAAUCUACCUGACAACUCUAUUCUUGGUUCUGGGUAUCAUCAUCGCCACUGCAGCAAACGGCGUUACUGUGGAGGGUAUGUUUUGGAUGAUGGUCAUUGGGCGUGGUGUUGCUGGUGUUGGAGCAGGUGGUGAGUAUACCGUGUGCACGUCCCAAGCAGUCGAGUGCGCCGAUAGUACUGAAGCUAUGCGAAAGCGACGUGGCAUGCUUGUUGCCGUCGCGACAAACGCCGCCAUAAUUUCCGGUUUCGUAGCCUCAAGUACAGUAUCCCUCAUCGUUAUUGCGGCAUACAAAGGUGUUCCUCACGAUGGUAUCUGGCGAAUCUGUUUCGGUAUUGGCAUUAUUCUUCCACUUGGCAUCUUCUUCUUCCGCCUUCGCUUGGCGGACUCCACACAAUACCAGAGGCAUGCCAUUCAACGCAAGAUACCUUACAAGCUUGCCAUUAAGCACUAUUGGAAGCCUCUUCUUGGAUGCUGCUCUGCCUGGUUCCUCUACGAUGCCGUAGUCUACCCUUUCAAUCUUCUGGCACCAACUCUAGUCGCCGGCUUCUCGAACAGCCAGACUAUGCAAGAGUCCAUUGGUUGGUCAGCGCUUAUCAACUUCUUCGCGCUUCCCGGUGCUUUCAUUGGAGCUUUGCUCAUGGACCGCAUUGGCCGGCGACAAACGUAUGCCUUGGGCUGGUCCAUAGUCUGCGUGUUCGGCUUUGUCAUUGGAGGCACCAUGUACCCUCUGAAUAACCCUUCAGCUUUCCCUGCCUUCGUUACUCUCUAUGGACUCUUCCAAACAUUUCUCUCCGUAGGUCCUGGAGACUGUAAUUUCCUAGUCAGCAGCGAAAGCUUUCCUACUCCUCUCAGAGGUCACUUUCUCGGGUUUGCUGCAGCCAUCGGCAAGGUUGGUGCCGCAGUCGGUACCCAGGCGUUGAGCAAGGCCCUUGUCAGCUUUGACGACAAGCUCAAGGGUCAGCAAGUUGUCUUUCUCAUCGGAAGUGCUAUUUCAGUAGUUGGGGUUCUUUGUGUUUGGUUCUUAAUCCCAAAUCACCCCAAGACUCUUGAAGAGGAGGAUGUUCGUUUCAAGGCUUAUUUAGAAGAUAAUGGAUAUGAUACCAGCCAAAUGGGACUGAAAGGGUGA